AUGAACAACAAUAAACUGAAUCUCUUGGAGGUUUUAAGAAAGAAACGAAUAGAACAACAAAGCGAGUAAAUUCCAAAAACUCCGCCUUUAUAGAAACAAAAAUCUAAGGAGGAAAUUCGAAAAUAUUUGCUCCAGAAUCCCAAAACUAAUCUUAUAAGUCUAUUCAAAAAGAAGAGAGAGGAUGACAAUACACCUUGUACUCGUCAGAAUUUGCUUAAAUUUUAUGACAGCCAAGGCAGAAGUUCCAUUCUCUCUCCGAUUUGUGCUGCCAACCAUGUCCCAUAAAAAAGUGUAUCAGAUGAGAGUACCAAUGCUCUAUAGAUUACGAUACCUAAGAGAAUGUCACUCGUAUCUCCAAGAUUGCAGCAUUUAAAUUCGCAGACAUCAAUACUAGAAUCUCCAAACGAAAUCGAAAGUUUUAUAGUGGGUGGAUCUAAUGCGUCUAAAUUAGACUUAGAUGAACAUUAUUUAAGGAUUGAGAAUGUUGAUGAUAAUCCACGGAUCAUGCGAUCAUAAUCAUAAUGUUAGGAUGAAGCUUAGAUGGCAAUACUUCCGAAUACUUUAAGUGUUCCCAUGGGUAAGGGACCAAGGAGAUUGCAAUCAUUUUCAGUAGGUGACCCCUUUAGAAAUGGAAUAAAUGCAGCAGAGUAGAGGAAAUCUGUAAGGUUAAUGAGAGGAUUGAGUGGAAUCCAUUAACCAAAGGAAACAUAGAUCUUGGAGAGAUCUAGAGAUGAGGCAGGAAGAAAGAAAAUGAAUAACUUCGUAAUUUUACAUGAAUUGGGCAGAGGUGCCUUUGGAAAAGUGCGUUUAGUUUAUAAUGAAAUUGAUUAACAAUAUUACGCAAUGAAAAUAGCUGAUAAAAACAAGUUGAAGCGGAAGUUACUAACAAAAGAGACCUCAGCAUAUUCAUUAUUAGAAUAGGAAGUGGCGAUAUUAAAAAAAGUUGAUCAUUAAAAUGUAGUUAGAUUAGUGGAGGUUAUAGAUGAUCCAGAAGAGAGGAAGUUAUAUCUCAUAAUGGAAUAUGUGAAGAAGGGAUCCAUCAAUUCAAAAUAGUAUUGGAAAUCUGAAGGUGUGAAUAUUGAUUGGGAUGAAGGAGAAAAGCCGCCUAAAAUCACUUGUGAAAAGAUCAGGAAGUAUUUGAGACAUUUCCUACUUGGAUUAGAUUAUUUACACAACUUUGCCAGAAUUGUGCAUAGAGAUAUUAAACCAGAUAAUUUGUUGAUUGAUGAGUUUGACAACUUAAAGAUUGCAGAUUUUGGUGUAGCAUAAAUGUAUGAUAGUUCAUCUGCUGAUUUGAUCUAAGGUGAUGUUGGAACCAAAGCCUUCUUGCCUCCAGAAGCAUUCAAGACUUCUUAAGUCAAGGGGAAACCAGCAGAUAUCUGGGCUGCUGGUAUCACAUUCUUCAUGCUCACUUAAGGAGGACAUCCUUUCCCAGCUAAAAAUGUUUAAUAACUUAAGGAGGCUGUUUUCAAUAAUGAGAUUAGGUUCUCCAAAGAUACUGAUCCAGAUUUGGCAGAUUUCCUAAAUUGUUGUCUUAAGAAAGACGCAAGAUAACGACACACACUUGAGUAACUUAUGGAUCAUCCAUUUAUUACAAGGAAUGGAGAGGAACCAUUAAUUGAAUAAGAGUUUUCGGAUGAAAAUUUCUUCAUCUCUGAAAAUGAAAUAAGCAAGGCACUCUCCAAAGUUACUAUAAGAGCUACUGUGAGAGUCUUUGCCAAACUUAAACAGAAACUUAAUCAGUCUAGAUAGAGAAUAAAGAGACAGUAAUGA